UUGAAUCCAUCCAUUUACUAUAUAAAACACAUACACACACACUAUACUAACAUACAAGAAAAAUCCACAUUUAGUUCUUAAUUUUCCCAAAAAUAUCAAAAUGAAAAUUUUGCUUUUCCUAAUGAUGUUUCUAGCUAUGUUGAUAGUAACAAAAGGGAAUAACAAUCUAGUAGAAACAACAUGCAAGAACACACCAAAUUAUAAUUUGUGUGUGAAAACUUUGUCUUUAGACAAAAGAAGUCAAACAGCAGGAGAUAUUACAACAUUAGCAUUAAUUAUGGUUGAUGCUAUUAAAUCUAAAGCUAAUCAAGCUGCUAAUACUAUUUCAAAGCUUAGGCAUUCUAAUCCUCCUCAAGCUUGGAAAGAUCCUUUGAAGAAUUGUGCCUUUUCAUAUAAGGUAAUUUUAACAGCAAGUAUGCCAGAAGCAAUAGAAGCAUUAACAAAAGGUGAUCCAAAAUUUGCAGAAGAUGGAAUGGUUGGUUCUUCUGGUGAUGCACAAGAAUGUGAAGAAUAUUUUAAAGCUAUAACUAUUAAAUAUUCACCACUUUCUAAAUUAAAUAUAGACGUUCAUGAACUUUCUGAUGUUGGUAGAGCUAUUGUAAGAAAUUUAUUGUGAUAU